UGUCAUGCUCCAACACACCUGACUUGAAUAACUGAGAUGAACUGAAUAAUUAAGUCCCUUUAUUGUGUUCCCUCUUCAUAAAUAUUCCGUGAUUCCAAAGCAAAGAACAUGCUUGGCCUUGUUUGAAGAGCAAACAGCCUGUGUCUGUCAGUGGUGGACUGAAAAGACACUGGAAGCUCCUACCUGUAAAAAUGGCGCAUGCAGCUGUGAUUCUCUGGAUGUUGGCAGUGGUCUGUGUGGGGAAAGGCCAUCAGGAUACAGAAGGUGUCCAGGACACUGCUGUGGACAGCAGCACUGACUAUUUGUCUCUGGUGACUUCAGCAAACCAAGACUUUGCCUUCAGCUUGUACAGGAAGCUAGCAAAUCUCACUGACUCGCAAGACAAAAACAUCUUCUACUCACCACGUAGUGUCUCUCUGGCCUUGGCCGCCUUGGCAGUGGGUGCACGUGGAGAGACCCACCGCCAGCUUUUCAGCACUCUGGGGUUCAACAGCUCCCAGCUGACUCAAGCAGAUGUCGACCUGGCCUUCCGUAGCCUCCUCACAAAAGGACCUUCUGACGAGGAGGUCAGUGAAGGCACCGCCGUGUUUCUGGACGACAACUUUAAGCCUAAGCCAGAGUUCCUAGAUGUCCUGAAGCAGUCGUACUCUGCCGAGGGCUUCAAUGUUGACUUUAGCAACACCACAGACAGCGUCAACACCAUCAAUAAGUAUGUAGCAGAUAAGACCAAAGGAAAGAUCGACAAGCUGGUGGAUGGUCUGGAUCCAGACAUUCUCAUGUAUCUGAUCAACUUCAUCUACUUCAAAGGAACGUGGGAUAUGCCAUUUGAUCCUAUGUUGACAAAGGAGGACAUGUUUAAUGUGGAUGAAAACAAAAAGGUUCCUGUGCAGAUGAUGAAUAUGGAAGAGUACUUUGACGUCUACCAUGACCAGGCAAUCAACACAACAGUCCUCCAACUCAAAUUCAACAGCUCCUACUCCAUGCUGCUUUUGCUGCCUGGAGAUAUGGGAACUUUGGAACAAGCCAUAAGCCCAGAACAUGUCUCAAAAUGGAUGAAGUGGAAAAAGUCAAGGAAAUACGACAUAUACGUUCCAAAGUUCUCCAUCAAGACGUCCUAUAAGCUGAAUGACGUCUUGGCUGAAAUGGGAAUCACAGAUGUGUUCGGUGACAGUGCAAAUCUGAGUGGUAUCGCUGAAGAUACUCGGCUUGCAGUUUCAGAGGUUGUGCACCAGGCUUCCCUGGAUGUCGAUGAGAAAGGAGCCACUGCAGCAGGUGCUACAGGAAUUGGUUUUGUACCGCUGUCCUUUCAGUACAUCCCAGUUAUAAAGUUUAACCGCCCAUUUAUGGUCAUCAUUAUUGACAACCAAGCACAAAACGUGCUUUUCAUGGGCAAAAUCAUCAACCCAAAUAUUUAAUGGAGGGGACUUGGGUUACAGCACAGCUCUUGCACCAAUAAAAUACAUUGAAAGAAA